AUGACUUCUAGCAAAUGCUUUGUACCUGCCUUCAUCGUAAAAAAAGUAAAAACACUGAAUCAAAAAAGAAUGGGACACAGAACCGUAAAAAAAAGAACCCAAUUUCAAGACAGCGAGCAAAUGCUCGUAGGCAUCGCCGGCAAAGAGGAGAAGUGCAAUGAAAAUUCUAAGUCCCAAGCAGAGAGGAGUGGAAGCCAGUCAGAAGGGAACCAGAAUCAAUUGGAAGGAUCUCAAGGCCAAUCAUCAGAAAGUCGACAUCAUUCAGAGAGAUCUCGUGGCCAGUCAGAGAGUUCUUGUGGCCGGUCAGAGAGUUCUCAGGGCCAGUCGGAAAGAUCCCAUGGCCAGUCGGAAAGAUCUCAUGGCCAAUCAGAGAGUUCUCAUGGCCAGUCAGAGAGAUCUCCUGGUCAGUCAGAGAAAUCUCGAGGCCAAUCAGAGAGAUCUCGUGACCAAUCAGAGAGAUCUCAUGGUCAGGCUGAGAGUUCUCGUAGCCAAGAUCUCGUGGUCAGUCUGAGAGAUCUCGUGGCCGUCCCGAGAGAUCCCAGGGCCAAUCAGAGAGAUCUCGUGGCCAGUCAGAGAGAUCUCGUGGCCAACCAGUGAGAUCUUGUGGCCAACCAGAAAGGUCUCGUGGCCAACCAGAGAGAUCUCGUGGCCAAAAAGAGAGAGCUCAUGGCCAGUCAGAGAGAGCUCAUGCCCAAACAGAAAGAUCUCGUGGCUACACAGAAAGAUCUCGUGGCUACACAGAAAGAUCUUGUGGCUAUAGAGAGAGAUCACGGGGCUGCCAAGAGAGAUCUCAUGGCUAUAGAGAGAGAUCUCACAGUUACCCAGAGAGAUCUCGUGGCUACCCAGAGAGAUCUCGUGGCUACACAGAGAGAUCUCGUGGCCACACAGAAAGAUCUCAUAGCCAAUUAG